AUGGUUCCUCCUCCUCUUCUGCAUCAUCAGGUUUCAGAACUUGGCAUCAGUUUUGAUCACAUCCGGCAGAAUAUGCUGACAGUGUUGAACCCUUCUGAACCUGCAGAUGACAGCAUUAUGAAUGAGACUGAUCUGACAGGUCCAAUCCUCUUCUGCAUCACACCGGGGGUCUGUUUAAUGAUGGCAGGUAAAGUUCACUUUGGUUAUGUAUAUUGGUUCAGUGCUACAGCCUGUAUUGAGAUGUAAUUCCCGAGUCUGAUGAGUUCCCUGGUGGUGUCUUACGGCUGUGUGGCCAUUGUCCAGGGCUACUGCCUCCUGCCCAUUGUGGCCCUCCCCACAUUUACUGUCUUCUACUCUUUGCAGUAAAUUCUUUCAGUGGUUGUGUAUAUUUCUGUUUCUACAUGUCAUCAUCAUUCCUCCAAGAUCUUCAUCUCCACCCUCACUAUUGAAGGCCAGCAGCUGGUGGUGGAUUACCCAUGUGCCCUGCUCUAUGGGCUCUUUGUACUGCUCACUGUAUUUUAA